GCUCAACAACAAUCCUUAGAAUUUUAAUUCCGAUUUUACCUUCCAAAUAUUUUCCAAACCAUCCGGCGAGGCUUUCCGCGGCGGUGAUGAAGGUUCCAGUCGGGUUUCUGUCAAAACUCUGUGGUUUCUUCCCUUCUUCUUCUUGCUCAUCAUCCUCGGCCUCCUAAAAGCUGCAAUAAUUGGUCCAAUAGUUGUCGGAAUUCUUCUGACCGGAAAUUCGGCUGUGGUAAUUGGACUCUGGCCUGCUCAUUUCAUUUGAGCUUAGUAUUGCGUCACAAGAACGAAAAAGAUGGGGCUGGUUCUGAAGAUUCUGGUGCUAGUAUUGUUGCCAGUGCCGUUGGUUCUGUGGGCAAUCCUUGGAAUUGUUGGAAGCCUUUUAGCUGGAACUGGGCAUGGGUUUUUUGCUCCCCUCAUUUCCACUUUUGAGGGUGUUGGGCAGAAUGUCACUAACAAAUGCUACCACUGCUUUGUCGUAGCAAUUGCUUUGUGGAAAAGUCCUUACAUGUUGUUUAAGGGAUGGAAGAGGCUACUUGAAGAUUUGAUUGGCAGAGAAGGACCGUUAUUGGAGACAGUAUGUGUUCCUUUUGCUGGUCUAGCCAUCCUUUUAUGGCCUUUGGCUGUCAUUGGAGCUGUGAUUAGUGCUAUCAUUGCCAGUUUCUUUUUGGGUUUUUAUGGGGGAAUAGUUGUUCUUCAGGUGUGCCACAAGCCUCAUUUCUUCAUUGUUCAUUCUGCAUUAAUCACAGAUGGGAUUUUCUUAUAUCCCAUAUCUGUUGGUUCACUUUUUGCCAGACCCAGAUAUCGUAGAAACAUGAGCAGCGACCAUGAGAGAAAAGAGCCAGAUGAGAAUGAUAACAAUGAACUGAAGAAUAGAAGAGAAGAUCCAUCAAGUGCAAAAAUUGUCUUGCAGCAAUCGAGAACAUUGAGAUGGCCAAUCCAAGAACACAAAGCAUUUCAGGUCAAGACAUUUCAACAUACAAUUUCAAGCAAAUAUGAGAUAGAUUAGUACUUAAUUGCCUUUGAUACAGGUAUGGGACUGGCUGUUUAAAUCUUGUGAAAUGAAUGGUAGGAUUCUUCUUCAUGAUGGCUUGUGUUAUCCCAAAAAAUCUCCUUGACACGUGGCAGAUGAAAUGGCGUGCCACUUGCUUUGCUCAAAACAAGAAAAAUUUCUCCGACGA